ACUUCCUGCGCGACUUCCUGCGGAAAACAUGGCGUCGCUGAGCGGUGUCCGCUGGCUGACCCGGGCGCUGGUCUCCGCCAGCAACCCGGGGGCAUGGAGAGGUCUGGGUACGUCGGCCGCGGCGCAAGCUGCCUCGCGGAGCCAGGCUGAGGACGUGAGGGUAGAGGGUGCCUUUCCCGUGACCAUGUUGCCAGGGGAUGGUGUGGGGCCUGAGCUGAUGCACGCUGUCAAGGAGGUGUUCAAGGCUGCUGCUGUCCCAGUGGAAUUCCAGGAGCACCACCUGAGUGAGGUGCAGAAUAUGGCAUCUGAGGAGAAGCUGGAGCAGGUGCUGAGUUCCAUGAAGGAGAACAAAGUGGCCAUCAUUGGAAAGAUCCACACGCCGAUGGAGUAUAAGGGGGAACUAGCCUCCUAUGACAUGAGGCUGAGGCGUAAGUUGGAUUUAUUUGCCAACGUAGUCCAUGUGAAAUCACUUCCUGGGUACAUGACUCGGCACAACAAUCUAGACCUGGUGAUCAUUCGAGAGCAGACGGAAGGGGAGUACAGCUCUCUGGAACAUGAGGUGAGGCCGGAGAAACUGGGGGGCGCAGGGAUGGAGGUGGGAGAGAGGUGGAGCUCCUUCCCAAGGUCACCCAGCUGCUUCUCUUUUCUUACCCAGAGUGCAAGGGGUGUGAUUGAGUGCUUGAAGAUUGUCACACGAGCCAAGUCUCAGCGGAUUGCAAAGUUUGCCUUUGACUAUGCCACCAAGAAGGGGCGGGGCAAGGUCACUGCUGUCCACAAAGCCAAUAUCAUGAAACUUGGGGAUGGGUUGUUCCUGCAGUGCUGCGAGGAGGUUGCUGAACUGUAUCCCAAAAUCAAAUUUGAGACAAUGAUCAUAGACAACUGCUGCAUGCAGCUGGUGCAGAAUCCUUACCAGUUUGACGUGCUUGUGAUGCCCAAUCUCUAUGGGAACAUUAUUGACAAUCUGGCUGCUGGCCUGGUUGGGGGAGCUGGUGUGGUCCCUGGCGAGAGCUACAGUGCAGAGUACGCAGUCUUUGAGAUGGGUGCCCGGCAUCCAUUUGCCCAGGCAGUGGGCAGGAAUAUAGCCAACCCCACGGCCAUGCUGCUGUCAGCUUCCAACAUGCUGCGACAUCUCAACCUUGAGUAUCACUCCAACAUGAUUGCAGAGGCGGUGAAGAAGGUGAUCAAAGUCGGCAAGGUGCGGACUCGAGACAUGGGCGGCUACAGCACCACAACCGACUUCAUCCAGUCUGUCAUCGGCCACCUGCACCCCCAUGGGAGCUAGAGCCCUUUAUUCCUUCCAACCUCACAAGGACCACAUACUACCUAUACAUUCCUUCAGUACAGUGGACCAGGGAAGAGAUCUCGAACCUCUAGACAGUGGACCAUAGCCAUUUUUCUGAGCAGAGCCUAGGUUGUCCUAGGGCUGGCUUCCUUAGGGAACUGCAUCUGUUGGGUGGUGGUGGUGGUGGGAGUGUCAGGGGUGGGGGCCUAGGCUGCAGGGAUGAUGACAGUUCUCCCCCACAGGUUCGAACCUCUGACAUGGGUGGCUAUGCCACUUGCCACGACUUCACUGAGGCUGUCAUUGCUGCCCUGCCCCACCCAUAGGUCCUUCCCAUAUCUGUGUAAGAUGUUCAAUAAAACAUGUGAAUCAA